UGUUUCUAAACAAAAUAUGUCGUAACUGCGGGCCUGUACUGUAACACUCCACACCACACUGCGCCCAUAUCGCCAUUUCGGUGAACAACCUUCCGGCAACCCCCAGACGCUGAUGUUGAGCCUGCCUUCAGAACAUGCCCAUUGUCGGUGUGUACAACAGCCCAUCUCCUCCGAUGCAUGUGCGCCCUUGCUUGUAUAUCUUUCACCUCGGCAACAUUAAUUGCUCUUCUCUUCUCCCACCUCCGUAGCCGCUGGAAUCGACCGAAUUCCGUUUGAGGGUCUCGGAUUCCGUCGAACCAGCAACGAUGUAUGCAGCAACACUCAAGGCAACAGAGGCUGCGGCUGCCACCGUCAGUGACUGGCAGGCCGAGGAAACAAAUUUCGAAGGUUUGAGGGUGAAGGUGGAUGAAGGCGAAGGUAGUGAGGGGUGGCUGAUGAACCGCAUGUCGCUGCAUGAGCCUAUCGUCAUCUUCAACGUCGAAUCGGAGGUGGAAGGAGGAGUAGCUGCUAUCGCUGCUAAUCUGCUCAAGCACGUGCUCGAACCGCUUAGAGGGGAUCUAGACCUUUCUUCGCUCGACAAGAGCGCGGCGACCGCAGCGAGUCACUAGAUCGCAGGUUUAGCAACCAGAGUGCGCUAUCGAUCCAGGGACAAACAGCUUUCACAACAUGAUCGCAUA